CCGCGCCUACCAUGCCAGCCUGAGCCUCUGAGCGAUGCCUACCUACCUCCCGGAACAGACCCCCGAGACAUAGCACUCGAGUAUAAUCCAGAGGCUGACCAAGAUGAUCAGCGAGGACCUCGUGAAUCGGAACUCUUUGACCGCGUCUCCGGUCUUCCUAGAAUUCUAUGCUCGGCGGGUAGGACAUUGUGGGGCCCGGAUCGCAUCCGCGGCAAGGCAGCUUCGAUGGGAGGCCCGAGCGCAGGAGCUUAUAUUUUUUUUCCAGGGCCAUCGCGAUCGUCAGGGCGAUCUAUGCGGCAAGCAAACAAAGGCGCGUCUACGACAAUGCCCUGACAGCUUUGUUCCUCUUGGCGCAUUCAUCCAUUCACCAUGGCACGGCCCCUGUCCUGAUGCGGCCACGACCAUCAGCGCCGGACGUUGCUCGCCAGUGUCUCAAACCCAACACCACAUUGCUACCGCUCCUUCCCAUGAUACUGUCCUCAACGUCUGCGCCGGCUCAACCAGCACGCAGCCCAGAUGAACAAACACUUCCUCGACGUCGCGCUCGAGCCUAAACUU